AUGUCGUCCAUUAAUUACGAUAAUAUCAAUAAUAAUCAAAUACCUUUACAAGAUCCCAAUGCACCACCACGUUUACUAAGAAAUAUACGUCGUCGUGGUGGUGUUUUAGGGCGCAAUAAUUAUAUAGGGCGCAACAAUAAUUAUGUAGGACGCAAUAAUGAUUAUGUAGGGCGCAAUAAUAAUAAUUUAGGGCGCAAUAACAAUAAUAAUAAUUAUUAUACAGGGGACAAUCAAUUUUAUGAUCCGAAUAGGGGUAAUCAAUUUUAUCGUCAAAAUAGAGGCAAUAUAUUUAAUUAUCGACGUUAUCCUCCAAAUUAUUAUCGUCGAAAUAUCUUCUACAAUCGGAAUUAUCGGAUACCACGACAAUAUUUUAUUCCAAAUGAUAUAGGUGGAUAUGGUUUCGUAGGUCAGCGACAACAACAACAACAAUUAAGACCAAUUCAACCGGUUAGAUCUCCUAGUCGGCGUCGAUUAAGUAAUCGUCCAAGAAGACGAGGUCCACGGCAAAUUCGUUUAAAUGAUUUUAUGCCAACUGAAUUACGUGAACCUUCACCAAAUCUUCCACCGGAAUUUAAUAUAGCUCCAACAACGGCACCAAACGCUCCACCAAAUGCAUUACCACAGCGUGAGAGAUUUGCUCAAAGAAAUACGACUCAGCCUUUCAUUGUCACUGAAAAUAAUCAAAAUCAACAGCUACAGCAACAGCAACAGCAACAAAAUCAACGACAACGUAAAACUACGUCUGCAUUUAGACGUCGACAACGUCGUAAUAAUCGAUUUGCUGUCUUAGCUGAUGAAAAUGAUAAUUUAUCUGAUGUGGAAGUAGAAGUGGAAGAUGAACCAAUACCGUUAAAUGCUAAUAAGAAACAAAGAAUAGAUAAGAAUAAGAAGAAGACUCGUCGAUAUCUUGAACCAAAUCGUAUAUUAAAAUGGUUAGAAGAUCAUUCAAGAAGUUCUAAAAAUGCAAUAAGUAGUCGUGGUAAUCAAGCAUAUGUAUUAGCUUCUACGCCUGUUUAUGAUGAAUGGGUUCGAAAUAAUUAUGAAUUACAAGUUUGGCAAGCUUAUUUAAAAAUGGGUACUGAACAAAAACAUUGGGCUAAAGAAGUUGUUCGUUGUACAAAAAGACGUGAUAAUGUUAUUAAUACCCGAUUUGUACAAAAGAAAAUUAAUCGAUUAACUGCUGCUAUUGCUGAAGCAUGUGCUACUGUUUCAGAUUUACAAAUCCAAUUAUCUACAUAUUGGAUGCAAACUAUAUCUGAAAAUACAAAUCAGAGAUUAGCUCAAACAACAGCUAAUUUAGUAGCUAAACAAUUAUCAGCCGACAGAGCACGUCAAACAACAGCUGCAGGAAAUGUAGGUACAGAUACAGAUGAUGAAUUAGAUACUGGAACUACAGGAACUGCAGGAGCUGCUCCUACGACAACAACAACUACUGUUAAAAAUUAUGUACGUGAACCAGUUGAACGUAUUGAAAAAUAUAUAUUAGAAUAUGUACACUUUUGUACUCAGCAUGUUAAAAAGAUGGCUCAAGGUCGAAUACAAUUAGCUAAAGCUCAAAUGGAAGAAUUUAAAGCUUUAGAAGAUUUCGAACAAAUAGCCACUCCAACCCAAUGGAAUACUCAUUUUUUGCUUAAACCUAAGAUGAAGCUAUGGUCAACAAAAAAUAAAAAUUACCAAUUAUUAUCAAAACGUGUUGAAUUAGAUAUGCCUCCAAAAAUUAUUGAUAAAGUCGAUUUUUCUUUUAAAAUUGAUGAAUCAAUUAUAAGUCAAGAUGAAGCGCAAGCCAUGUAUAAUCAAAUGCGUCAAAUUACCAAAGAUUUUCGUACUCAAGCAAUGACAUUAUAUGUUCAAUCAGCUGCUCGAGAAAAUGAAAUCUUAUCGAAUGAAAUUAAAGGUAUUAUCGAAAGAUUUCCUCAAGAAAAUGAUGAUGGAUUUGAUGCUGAACCUGGUUAUGCAGCUUUUAAACAAUAUCAUGAAUUACGAGAGAAAAGAAUGAAAUUAGAAAUUGAACAAUCGCUUUAUUUUUUAUUCGAACAGCGAGUCGAGGGCGAAACCAACAAUCCAGAAGAAGAGGAAAUAAUCGCUCCGACUCUCAUACCUAAUAUACAAUUAACUGAAGAAGAACAUCAAUUAUUAAAACUGGGACCAAAAUUCAUAUUUAAUGACCCAAAAACAGCUGCACGACGGCGCACAAUUGAGUUGGCUACUUUAAAACGUAAAAUAGAAAAAUGUUUUCUUCGUAAGAAGGUUAGCCCCGGUCGUCCGCUCCAAUUAUUUAUUGAUGAAUUAGAUAUUCUUCUUCAAACGUUACAUAAUGUGCCAACAAUAGACAAAAUUAUAAAUAAAGAUAAACUAAUUCGUACUAAUAUUAUUGAAUUAAUAAAUAGUCAAGCAAGUCAAUCUCAAAUUAUGAACACAGUAAAAAUGAAGAAAAAGAAAAAUUAUGGAAGAUUAGUUAAAAGAUUAAAACACAAAUUUAAAUUGGCUAAUGUUAUAUUACAAAAAUCAGAUAAAUCAAAAGUAUUCCAUUUAGGUAAAGUUGAAGAUUAUCGUAAAAAAUCAAAAGAAUAUAUGGAAAAAACUCAAGCAUAUGAAUAUUUACGAUUAGCUAAAUGGAUUACUCAAAAACAAUAUGAAUUAUUAAGUAUUAAAGCAAAUGAAGUUCAGCUGGCUCAUUUAUAUUAUUUACCAAAGGCUCAUAAGCCUGGUACUCCCCUACGUCCAAUUAUAAGUGGCCUUAAACAUCCUACAAUUAAAAUUUCAAAAUUUAUGGAUGAUUUAUUAAGACCAUUAUUUGACAAAAUGGCCCAAGAGACGACAGUUACUUCGGGCUUUGAACUGGUCAAAAAAUUGAAAAAGUGGUCAAUUCUAAAUAUGAAUGGAAAUACUAUAUUUUGUACUAUUGAUGUAGUAGAUUUAUAUACAAUGAUUCCACAAGUAGAAGGAGUACUAUCAUUGAAGAAAAUGUUAGAUUAUUUGAAAUUGAAAAAACUUGGUGGUUUAAGAGUUGAAACUAUUAUUAGAUUAAGUCGAUUUGUUAUGCAAAAUAAUUACUUUUCUUACGAUGGCCAAUUUUAUCAUCAAAUUAGAGGUGGAGCUAUGGGAUCGCCGUUAACGUUGACUAUGGCUAACUGUUAUAUGUUUUUCUUUGAACGACAAAUAGUCAAACAAAUUAAAAACAGCGGUGGACUCUAUUUUAGAUAUAUUGAUGAUUUAUUUAUUGUGAUCAAUUGGCCCGCCAGACAUCUAUUAAAACAAAUCGACAAAUGGAAGAAUUUUGAUGAAAAUAUUAAAUUAAAUCCAAAUAUUAACUCUUUUGCGACUUUUCUCGAUUUAUAUAUGGAAAAUCGUGAUGGUGUAUUAUUUACUACUGUUUAUCAAAAGCCGUCUUAUGAACCGUAUUACUUGCCAUUCAAUAGUAUUCAUCCAUUACAUAUGAAAAAGAAUAUACCGUUUACGAUGUUACUUCGAGUGAUUAGGUACUGUUCUACAUUCCAAACAUAUCUGGACGAACGUGAAAAAUUACGUAUGGCCUUAUUAUUUAAUAAAUAUCCGAAUAAAUUAAUUGAAGCUCAGUUUAAUAAUGUUCUUUUAAAAUGUAAUAUUGAUCAACUGUUAACAAAUUUCAAUUAUGACAAAUAUCGUCAAAAAAUCAUGGAUUUGCCCAUGAAAGAAAAAGUUACGAUUGAUUAUGAAGCAGUUAUGUUUAUACAUUUUACAUAUUGUUCUACUAUGAAAACUUUUCCAGCUAAAUUCCAUUUACUUUGGAAUAAAUAUUUUGAGGAAUCUCCUAUUAAUGAAGUUAGACCUAUUCUUGGCACUCGAAAUGUGAAGAAUAUACAUAGACGUCUAGCUUUUAAUAUGUGA